AUGAGUUUAAGCCUUUCUCAAGAACAGUACUGUUUUCCAGGCUCUAACGCCUCGUGUAUUAAGGCACAUUUCAGUGUGGGGACCAAAGUUGCCCUCUAUGUGUUGUUUGUUUUAGGCAUGCUGGUUACCAUUUUAGGGAACUCUGUUGUCAUUGUGUCUAUAAGUCAUUUCAAGCAGUUACAUAAUCCUACCAAUAUGCUUAUUUUAUCUCUUGGUCUUGCGGACCUUCUUGUUGGUACUAUUGUGAUGCCCUUUAGCGCCAUCCGGACUAUUCAUGGCUGCUGGUUCUAUGGUGAUGACUUCUGUCUGCUGCACUCCAGUUUUGAUACGUUUCUUACUAGUGUCUCUAUCUUCCACCUAAUUUGCAUUGCUGUAGACAGACAGCAAGCAAUAUGCAAUCCUCUGCAUUAUUCUAAGAAUAUCACCAUGCCAGUUGCCUGGGUUAUGGUAUGUGCCAGCUGGGUACUGGCUGCUGUUUAUUCUUUUGGACUACUUUACUCAAAGGCCAACAUUGCAGGUUUAGAGGAUUAUAUUGCGUCAAUAAACUGUCUAGGCAGCUGCAACCUUCUCUUUAACUCCCUUUGGGGAAUCCUGGACAGUAUCACUGCCUUUUUCUUUCCCUGCACUUUGAUGGUUUGUCUGUACACUAAAGUAUUUAUCGUGGCUAAAGAGCAUGUAAGAAAAACUGGAGAUAUGAGCAAUUGUUCAAAUGACAGAGCAAAAGGGGGGUUGAUAAAACAGUCUGAGCACAAGGCUGCUAAGACUCUGGGUAUUGUGCUUGGUGCAUUCAUCUUUUGUUGGAUGCCCUUUUUUGUGAAUUCUAUUACUGAUGCCUAUACUGGCUUCAGUACACCUGCUGCUAUCUUUGAAGUUUCAGUUUGGUUGGGUUAUUUCAAUUCAAGUUUAAACCCCAUUAUUUAUGCCUUCUUUUAUCCUUGGUUUAAGAAAUGUUUUUAUCUCAUUGUGAAUCUGAAAAUAUUUAAACCUCAUUCAUCCACCAUGAAGGUGCAUAGCCUGACACACAUAUGA